CAGCUCCAGAUGGGGAAAAUCACCGCGCACAUUCCAGUCAUACUGGACCGAUACCCCGUUCGCGUGUGAUUUUUGCGUUUUAUGCUCCACCACGGUACAGUGCAACAUGAGGUGAAUAUGGUGGCGUUUGGAAAUACGAAGCUUAAUGCACAACUUGAUUUGCAAUUACUUCUGAAACUACUAAGACGGGGUGAAACCGCGGCGGUCUCGACUUUUUUACGGAGGUGACCACAAAGUCAUGAGGGCCUCUUCCUCGCGCUUAUCGAGUUUCUCUUCUAGGGAUUCCUUGUGGAGCCGGAUGCCGGAUCAGAUCUCCGUGUCCGAGUUUCUUUCGGAAACGACGGAGGAUUACAACUCCCCGACCACAUCCAGCUUCACCACGCGCUUGCAGAGCUGUCGGAACACGGUCAGCGUCCUGGAGGAGGCGCUCGACCAGGACCGCACGGCUUUGCAGAAGGUCAAGAAAUCCGUCAAAGCGAUCUACAGCUCAGGCCAAGAGCAUGUGCAGAAUGAGGAGACCUACGGCCAAGCGCUGGACCGGUUUGGCAGCAACUUCAUGGGCCGGGGCAGCUCUGACCUGGGCGUAGCUUUCAGCACCUUCUCCUGCCUCGUCAAGGAGCUGGCGGCCCUGCUGAAACACCUGCUCCAGAGUCUCAGUCACAACGUAAUCUUCACCCUGGACUCUCUGCUCAAAGGGGACUUGAGAGAAGUGAAGGGGGAUCUCAAAAAGCCUUUUGACAAGGCCUGGAAGGACUACGAGGCAAAGUUUACGAAGAUCGAGAAGGAGAAGAGGGAUCACGCUAAGCAACACGGAAUGAUUCGCACAGAGAUCACGGGUGCCGAGAUCGCAGAGGAGAUGGAGAAGGAGCGUAGGAUCUUUCAGCUGCAGAUGUGUGAGUAUCUCAUCAAAGUGAACGAGAUUAAGACCAAGAAAGGCGUGGACCUCCUCCAGAACCUCAUUAAGUAUUAUCACGCACAGUGCAACUUUUUCCAGGAUGGCUUGAAAACUGCUGACAAGAUGAAACAGUACAUAGAGAAGUUAGCAGCGGAUCUUUAUAAUAUAAAACAAACCCAGGAUGAAGAGAAAAAACAGCUCACGACUCUGAGAGAUCUCAUCAAGUCCUCCCUGCAGGUGGAGCAGAAAGAGUCUAGGAGAGACUCACAGAGCAAGCAGAGUGGUUACAGUAUGCACCAGCUUCAGGGCAAUAAGGAGUUUGGCAGUGAGAAGAAAGGCUAUCUAAUGAAGAAGAGUGAUGGGCUCAGGAAGGUGUGGCAGAGGAGGAAGUGUUCAGUGAAGGGAGGCUUCCUGACCAUCUCUCAUGCCACGUCCAACAGACAGCCGGUUCGACUUAACCUGCUCACCUGCCAGGUGAAACCAGGGGAGGAUAAGAAAUGCUUUGACUUGAUUUCCCAUAACCGCACGUAUCAUUUCCAGGCGGAGGAUGAGCAGGAGUUUGUGAUAUGGAUCUCGGUACUGACCAACAGUAAGGAGGAGGCACUCAAUAUGGCUUUCCGUGGUGAACAGAGUGCCGGGGACGACAGUCUGGAGGACUUGACCAAAGCCAUCAUCGAGGACACCUUACGCACACCUGGGAAUGAUGCCUGCUGUGACUGUGAUGCGCCAGAACCUAAAUGGCUGUCCACCAACCUGGGCAUCCUGACGUGUAUCGAGUGUUCAGGGAUCCACAGAGAAAUGGGUGUCCAUGUCUCUCGCAUUCAGUCCAUAGAACUGGACAAACUCGGCACCUCUGAGCUCUUGCUGGCCAAGAAUAUAGGGAACAGUAGUUUUAACGAAAUCCUGGAAGGAAACCUCCCAAGUCCCUCCCCCAAGCCCACUCCAUCCAGCGACAUGACCGAGAGGAAGGAGUACAUCAACGCCAAGUACGUGGAGCACCGCUUUGCCCGGCGGACGCCCACGACGGCCACGGCGCGGCAGGGUGACCUGUACGAGGCAGUGCGGACACGUGACCUGCAUGCCCUGGUGCAGCUCUACGCUGACGGUGUGGAACUGUUGGAUCCAUUCCCCGAGGCAGGACAGGACCCUGGGGAGACGGCGCUACACUUUGCUGUACGGACCUCCGACCAGACCUCCCUGCACCUGGUCGAUUUCCUCGUACAGAACAGUGGCUCUCUGGACAGGCAGACAGAGAGUGGGAACACAGCACUUCAUUAUUGUUGCACAUACGAGAAGCCAGAGUGUCUCAAACUGCUGCUCAGGGGCAAACCAGCCAUGGAUUUAGUCAAUCAAAAUGGGGAAACAGCACUGGACAUCGCUAGGAGGUUGAAAAACACACAGUGUGAGGAAGCUCUGGUGGAGGCAGCAGCUGGGAAGUUCAACCCUCACGUCCAUGUGGAGUAUGAUUGGAACCUGCGGCUGGAGGAGAUUGAUGAGAGUGAUGAUGACCUGGAUGAUAAGCAGCCGAGUCCGGUGAAGAAGGAGCGUUCUCCGCGCCCACAGAGCUUCUGUCAUGCCUCCAGCAUGUCACCCCAGGAGAAGCUCUCUCUGCCUGGCUACCUGGGCCAUCGUGACAAGCAGCGCCUCUCUUACGGCGCCUUUGCCAACCCGGUCUACAGCACGUCCACUGAGGUGCCCAUCUCACCCAGCCCCGACGGCCCCGCUGCGCCCACCAAGAGCGCCACCAAAGUUCCCUCUUCCGGACCACCCACCUCCCUCCCACUGGCCUCCCAGACAUGCAUGAGUGGCAGCUCCACCCUUUCCAAGAAGAGAGCUCCUCCACCACCCCCGGGUGGCCACAAGCGCACACUCUCUGACCCCCCCAGUCCUGUGCUCCAGGGGCCCUCAUGCAAAGGAAGUGAUUCGACACCCCCACCUGCAAACAGAACUUCUCCUGGUAACAAAUUUGAAGGAAUACAGCAGCAAAGCACUACAUCUACUAAUACUAAAUCAACACUUGGUCCAAGAGUCUUACCCAAACUACCUCAGAAAGUGGCGUUACGAAAGACUCUGGUCAGUGUCGCUUCAGUGGACAAGCCCAGCCAGGGCCCUGAGGUUCUGCAGAAGCCUGCACAGGCUGUAGACACACCCACUAGAGUGUCAGACACACCUACUAGAGCUGCAGAUACAAUCACUAGGCCCACGGAGCCUCCACCCAAAAUCCCUCAGCUGGCAGAGAGAACCCAACCAAGCGAGAUUCCGCCCAAGCCACACGUCUUGGAUCUGCCCCCUAAGCCGCAGUUAUCGGACCUACCCCCAAAACCACAGCUGUCCGAGUUACCACCCAAACCCCAGCUGUCUGAUCUGCCCCCUAAACCUCAGCUCAAGGAUUUGCCCCCUAAGCCGCAGCUAACGGAGCUGGCCGUAAAGAUUCCUGUGUCCUCCGAUCCCGCUCACAAACAGCCCGCACUCGAAGACGCAGCUCCCAGACUGCAGAUGUCCGAGGCCCAAACGUCCAGCCAGCAGGGGGAGCUCUCUCCUAGGCAGGCCAGCGAGGACACUAACGGCGCACUGGCAGGUGUUGUGGAGAUGCCAGUUCCUCUGCCACGGAAGAUAAACACGGGAAAGAGCAAAAUAAAGAGGGUGAAGACCAUCUAUGAUUGCCAAGCAGAUAACGAUGAUGAGCUGACCUUCACCGAGGGAGAGGUCAUCGUCGUUACUGGGGAAGAGGACCAGGAGUGGUGGAUCGGGCACAUAGAGGGUCAGCCAGAGAGGAAAGGAGUCUUCCCCAUGUCCUUUGUCCACAUUCUGUCUGACUAACAUCGUGACUGACAGGUGUGCGCCCACGCCCCUAGCACAAACGCCGCCCCUUUGCCUCCCACUGGACUGGACUCCGCCUCUGUACAUAGCUGCUGUAUUCCAAGCAAAUUUCAAGAUUCCAAAUGGACACACACACACAAGGAAAAGAGUCGUUAUGGAAUCCCCAGUGCGGGGCUGGUGAAUGGUGAACUGCGUCCAGCACGUGAUGUUCAUAAACUGCAUUAUUCUGCCUACCAGUAUUACAGUAGCGGUGCCAACUCAGCAGUAGCGUUCCUCGUGUUCUAGCACUUAACAUUUCUCAGUGUAUGCUGUAUCUUUUGUGGACGUGUGCACACACGGAAUUAUAUGUAUGUCCAUAUUACGUGUGUCUAUGUACAUACAUAUGCACAAACGUCUGCGUAUAUUUAUGUACUUAUGUAUGAUGUAAGUGUGCUAAUGUAUGUUAACCUUGCUUGCGAGACCCAUUCCUAAAUGAUUUGGCUUAGUAUCUUCAAAGUCAUCUGUCCAUCUUAAGACCAAUGAAUGAAACGAGAGAAUGACAUGAAUGUUUCACUAAAGAUGACAGCAGUGUUGGAAUUCCCAGUUAUUCGGUACAGUGGCACGAUAACCAGGGGUAAAACUUUACCAGGAUUGGGCGUCUGAGCGUCUCAUCACCUAUGAUUAAUGAGGAUUACCCAGAUGUGUUAGAUUGCUUGCUGCAGAGGACAACGGAAACCAGACGUAAUGUUUGUCUUCUGGGUUUCAGUGUCAUGGUAAAGACGCCUACUCCACACUACAUUGUAUUGGCUGUCCAUGAGUCUCCUCAACUAUGUAAAGCCACAUCAGAUGUCACAAAUCUCGGGAAAAGGGCCCUUAUCCCCAGGGGUCGUGGAGUAAUUGCAGACAUGUAUCUCACCAAGUAUACCUCCUCUCCUGCUGUGAUCCAUCUAAAGACAUACAGAAAAUCCACUGUUCCUGACCUUACCAUCACACUCGGAAAGGACUGCAGCUAAGAUUGUUGCGUUAUGGACCUCCACACAUCGACCAGCACUGGUAAUACAGGUUCAGUGCUAGUUCAUGUACACCUUUUUUUGGGGUCUAUUUACAAUACCUGUGGAAUUUUUUGUUUUGUGUUUGCUUGUUUUUAUUUGAAUUUAUGGGAACAAAGCAAUGAGUGACUGGAUGUAACCUCUCAGAGUGAACGUGACGCUGCCUUUGACUUCACUCAACCAGGGUUCCCUCUUGGGUUUUAAUGUAUUAUAUUAACAAAAGAUGACAUAUUAAUGAACGCGUCCUAUACGAAUUUGUUGAUAGUGUUUGUCAUUUAUAGGGAUACCGUAUGAAGAGGGUUAUAUCCCUUUGAGUGGAUAGAGAAUAAACGAGUUUUCAGCGGUUUUAGGAUAUGUUACAAGUACCUUAGCUCUAACUUGGGUAAACCACAUCAGUAUCGCGAAAGACUCAGCAACCGUUUUAUCGCCAUUAAUGUAUUGUGUAGUUUGAAGCCCCCACACACAGUCUUUUGUUGCACCAAAAAGUGUGAAAUUCUUGUUUAGAUAGGAAACACUUGACCUAGAGAUGCACUCUUGGGUAUUCAGUAACUGGUGGUAAUUAAGAGUCUCUGUGUUGCCGUGUCGUAGGCUACAAACCACGGCUGGUGUUUGAACCACUCGAGCGGCUUUUCUGGAAAAUAACUGGAUCUGAUCCUAACGUAACAUGUCGGAUGUAUUUUGCCACUAUUUCCCUUGGUUUUCGUCUGUGUUUUGAUGCACUGUAAGUCAGAAGAAAAACUUCACUAUCAAGUUAAAUCUAUGAAUAAAUACUUUACGUUGAAACGACA